AUGAAGGACAGCGGGGACUCCAAGGACCAGCAACUCAUGGUGGCGCUCCGGGUCCGGCCCAUCAGCGUGGCGGAGCUGGAAGAAGGAGCCACCCUCAUCGCCCACAAAGUGGACGAGCAGAUGGUGGUUCUUAUGGACCCAAUGGAGGACCCCGAUGACAUCCUACGGGCACACCGCUCCCGGGAGAAGUCCUACCUGUUCGACGUGGCCUUUGACUUCACUGCCACCCAGGAGAUGGUGUAUCAAGCCACCACCAAGAGCCUCAUCGAAGGCGUCAUCUCAGGCUACAAUGCCACUGUCUUUGCCUAUGGCCCCACAGGCUGCGGGAAAACCUACACCAUGCUGGGCACAGACCACGAGCCUGGCAUCUACGUUCGGACCCUCAACGACCUCUUCCGUGCCAUCGAGGAGACCAGCGACGACAUGGAAUACGAGGUGUCCAUGUCCUACCUGGAGAUCUACAAUGAGAUGAUCCGGGACCUGCUGAACCCUGCCCUGGGGUACCUGGAGCUGAGAGAAGACUCCAAGGGAGUGAUCCAGGUGGCCGGAAUCACCGAGGUCUCCACUAUCAAUGCCAAAGAGAUCAUGCAGCUGUUGAUGAGGGGGAACCGGCAGAGGACCCAGGAGCCCACGGCCGCCAACCAGACAUCCUCACGCUCCCACGCCGUGCUCCAGGUGGCCGUGCGCCAGCGCAGCCGGGUCAGGGACGUCCUGCAGGAGGUGCGGCAGGGCCGCCUCUUCAUGAUCGACCUGGCUGGCUCUGAGCGGGCCUCCCAGACUCAGAACCGUGGGCAGCGCAUGAAAGAGGGGGCCCACAUCAACCGCUCGCUGCUGGCCCUGGGCAACUGCAUCAACGCGCUGAGCGGCAAGGGCACCAACAAGUACAUCAACUAUCGCGACAGCAAGCUCACCCGCCUCCUGAAGGACUCCCUGGGGGGAAACAGCCGCACCGUGAUGAUCGCCCACAUCAGCCCAGCGAGCAGCGCCUUUGAGGAGUCCCGGAACACCCUGACCUACGCUGGCCGGGCCAAGAGCAUCAAGACCCGGGUGAAGCAGAACCUGCUCAGCGUCUCCUACCACAUUGCCCAGUACACGAACAUCAUUGCUGACCUGCGGGGCGAGAUCCAGAGGCUCAAGCACAAAAUCGAGGAGCGGGGCGGGCGGAGCCCGGACCGAGCCCAGCUGGGGCGGGGCGACAUCCGCCACAUCCAGGCCGAGGUCCAGCUGCACAGCGGGCAGGGAGAACAGGCUGCGAUGGAACACCUUCGUGAGCAGCUGAUCAGCACCUUCCAAGAGCAAAUGGACACGCGGAGACGCCUGCUGGAGCUGGAGAACCGCAGGAUGGAGCUGGAGAUGGACACCUCCCGCCACCUGCUCACCAUCGCCAGCUGGAAGCAUAAGUCACGCCGGGCACUCAAGUGGUGGGAGGAGCGUCGGAAGGAGUCCUUCACUAAGGAUGACACCAGGAAGGACUUGGACACCGGUGACAACCAGCCAGACAUCGAGGAGCCCACCGAGGUGGUGUCCGCCCGCGAAAGCAUCGGUACAUUGAUGACCGAGCAGAAGAAACUGCGAAAGCAGAAGCUGGCGCUGGAGCAGCGGUGCCGAGAGCUGCGCGCGCGGCGCGGCCGCCUGGAGGAGACGCUGCCGCGGCGCGUCAGCUCGGAGCAGCAGCGCGAGGCGCUCGGCCUGCUCUGCCGCGUGCACGAGCUGGAGCUGGAGAACGUUGAGAUGCAGUCGCGAGCCCUGCGCCGCGACGGAGCGCUCUGCCACCGCCGCGAGGCCCUGCGCCGCCUGGAGCAGCGCCGCAGCCUCUGCGAGGAGAUCAUCCGCGCCCAGCGGCGGCUCAUCCAGGACUGCAACCUGGCCGUCCCGCAGCACCUGAAGGAGCUGUACGAAGUGUACCUGCGGGAGCAGGAGGAGGGCAACCUGGAGCGUGCCACCAUGUUGGACCGCCUGGCCUCUCGGGCCCUGCAGGACAGUGCCUUGCCCAAGAUUAGCCCCCCAGGAACCGUGCCGACCCCAGAGGAGUCUGACCUAGAGACCAUCAAGAUGCCGAACUCGGAGUCCCCACACCAGCACAGCAGGUUCCUCCCUCUGCUCAGCACUGAGAGUGAAGCGAACCACGAGUUCAAGGCGAGCUCCCGGGCCUGGCAAGCGAAGGGCUCCUCUAUGCCUACCCCACCCCCUAUCCUGGCCAGCAACCUGGUGAUGCAGGAGGCUGCCACUCAGAUCGGUCUGAACAGCCAGAUCAGCUCCUCCCCUGAAAGCAUCAAGAACCUGUCGGAGAUCCCCUUGUCCCACAAAGGGAGGAAGGAGACCACAGCCGACACCAAGAGCAUUGCCGUGAAGGCUGCCCAGCGCCGCUCAAAGGCCCUGGGGGCCGAAGGGCGCCAAUUGCUGGCACCCACCAUGAAGCACAGCAGCCUGUCCCUGCACUCGCUGGGCAAGACUGAUGACGUGCGGCCGCCCGGACCGCUGGCCUGCAAGCGGCCACCCAGCCCCACCCUCCAGCAUGCUGCCAGCGAGGACAGCCUGUCCAGCAGCACGGGCGAGGCACCAUCCCGGGCAGUCGAGCGUCAUGGCAAUGGCCCUUGUCCUGCGCUGCAAGGCCAGAAGAAAAGCCUCAGCAAGAAACGAGAGGAGUCCCUGGAGGCAAAGAGGAAGCGGAAGUCCCAGUCCUUUGAAGUCACAGGACAAGGGCUGUCCCGCCCCAAGAUGCACGUCGCUGGGCCCCGUCCCAUGGAGAAUCACACCCCAGAACAGAGGUUGCCAGUGGUUGGGCACCUGACCCCUACCAUCCAGCACAUGGGAAAGGCCACACUGCCUAUGGCCAAGGUCAAACUCCCUCCAUGCCAGAACCUGGGCCCUGAGGACCCCUCCACCCUCGCUGCCCCCUCCAACCCAGCGGAUGUUUCCGAACGGGCUGCUCGGAUGCCCCGCCUGCCCUAUGGCACAGGCACCCAAGGCAAAAAUGGACGCUUGCAGCACAACUGA